GUCCGUUUCUUUCCCUCCCCUUCUCUUACUUAACUAACCACUGAAGAUCUCCACUCUCUCUCUCUCUCUCUCUCAUUCCCGACGGGCGAGGCGACUAAAUCAUGGAAGUCGUCCACCACUCCUCCGCCUUCCUCCUCCCCUCGGUCGCCCCCGACCACCGCCCGUCCCUCAACUACGCCCUCAUCGUCCUCAACCAGCGCCUCCCCCGCUUCACUCCCCUCCUCUGGCAGCACGAGCAGCACAGCUGCGGCUCUGCGCUGAUGGAGGCGCCAACCGGGUGUUUGACGAAAUGCCCGGCUUGUUCCCUCACGAAGACGCUGUUGCCGUCAGAAACCGGGAUGAUUUCUUUCAGGUACAAACCGGAUGUUAUCAAAGGUGACAUGGAUUCUGUUAGAACAGAUGUGGUGGAUUUUUACAUCAAACUGGGAACUAAAGUUGUAGAUGCAUCUCAUGAUCAGGACACCACUGAUUUGCACAAAUGUGUGUCCUUCAUCUGUGAUUUCACUCCCGACCUAGAAAAAUCUAAGUUAUGUAUCUUAGUUGCGGGAGCACUAGGUGGACGAUUUGACCAUGAGGUUGGAAAUAUCAAUGUUCUAUGCCGCUUCAAGGAUACAAGAAUAAUCCUUAUAUCUGAUGAUUGCCUGAUACAUCUGCUUCCAAAAGCCCAGAAUCAUGAGAUCCAUGUUUUGUCAUCUGUUGUGGGUCCACACUGCGGACUUAUUCCAAUUGGGAUGCCAUCUAGAAGUACUACAACAACCGGUCUCCAGUGGGAUCUCAGGUGAGCUCCGAUUUGGUGUGUACCUGACCUAUGUCCAUUUGCUGAUUAUCACAGGCGAUACAGAGAUGAAGUUUGGAGGGUUAGUUAGUACAUCAAACAUUGCAAAGGGGGAGACUGUCACUGUGCAUUCUGAUUCUGAUCUGCUUUGGACCAUAUCGAUCAAAAAGUCCCAAGACAGUUCGCCGUAAACAUGUCUUGCAGAAGCUACCAAUUCUGUCGAUUUUAUGAUUGAUUCUUUAUAAUUGCUGAGGGUGGAAUCUUCCUCUGUCCAUAUUGGAUCCGUGUAUUUGUUCUCUACUAUUCAACCGUGUUUCUCGUAUUCGAUUCAAAUAAUUGUAAUGCAUUUUCUUGUGCAACAAUUUGUCGUGUCAUCAAAUAUUGUAAUCUGAGUUCCUCUUGUGCAGACGUCAGUAGCCCAUUUAGUUUUAUUGGUUCAAAAACUUAUGUCGCACGUAAAAAA